AUCCUCUUGGGGAAAUUCAAGGUACCCAGUGGCUCACACAUGUUACAUUUAAGAGAAAUCAGGACAAAACAAUCCUAAAAUAAUAAUGUGCUAAUUAUGCUGAUAGAAGGGGUAAGGUGCGAAAUCAUGCUGAUAUUUACAAUAGAAAGAGUUUUGAGUAGUCCAAAAACAGUAUAAUAACAAGUACCACUCUACUUCUCACUACUUCUUGUGCCUGUGUGCUGGUCUGACCCGCCCCAGUCCCUCUGGUUGCCCCAUGAGGCCACCUCCGUAGUUAAAGCUCUGGAGCCGCCCCUGGUCCUCACCGUGUUCUGGGACACUCGGUCCAGCCCUCCUCCGUGUCUCUCUCCGUCUCUCUCCCCGGGACUCUCCAGCAGCGGCCCGCCGGCUGCAGUGACAUGUUAGCGGACCAGGGUGCGACAUGAACGGGCCUCAGCUCAGUGAACUCCCGGACGCCGCGGAGCAGCUCAGGCCGUAUGUGAGCAGCCUGAGGCGGGAGGCGCUGCAGGCCGAGGAGCUGUCCGACGUCCGGAGCUUCUCCGACGGAUUCCUGAUCAAGUUUCUGCGGGCCAGAGACUUCGACGUGGAGCUUUCUCUGAAGCUCCUUCUGAACUACCAACGGUGGAGGAGGGAAAGUCCUGAGAUCAGCAAGUGUUUGUCUCCUUCGUCUGUGCUCGGCCUCCUCAACACUUCGUACCACAGCGUCCUCCCACAGAGAGACCACACGGGCAGCAGGGUGCUCAUCUACAGGAUCGGGCAGUGGAACACCAAGGACUGGUCGGCCUUCGAGGUGUUCAGGGUCAGCCUGAUGACAUCAGAGAUCAUCUCCACGGAGACAGAAACACAGAGGCGGGGCCUGAAGGUCAUAUUUGACCUGCAGGGAUGGAGUUUAGGCCACGCCUUGCAGAUUAACCCUUCCCUUGCCAGAAAGAUAUCCUCCGUACUUUCGGACUCUUUUCCCCUGAAAGUUAGAGGAAUCCAUCUGGUCAAUGAGCCGAUGUUCUUCCGUCCGGUCUUUGCAAUGAUUCGUCCCUUCCUCCCAGAGAAGAUCAAACAGAGGAUACACAUGCACGGCGCUGAUUUCUGCGAGACUUUAGCCGACUUCUUCUCACCUCACGUCCUGCCUCCAGAUUACGGAGGGGAGGCGCCUGAAAUAGAAGAGUUGUGUCAUGACUGGACCAAUCAUCUGCUUCAAUCAGAGAACUUCCUGCAGCAGGUUGCUGCUCACCCAACCGGUGACAUCGCCAUAGCUCCGGAGGACGCCUUGAUCUAAUAGGAGACUGAACAGACUGAAACAUGACUUCUGGAAUUUUGACCUCUUGGAUGACUUGUACAAGUGGAUGUUAUUUUACUGUAGCACUCUCUCUGGCAGCCAUUUUUGAAGUCCGCAACUCUUAAGUACUGACUAUGAAAGUUGUUGGCCGUGUGGAGAGAGUCUGUGCUGUGUCCAUCUGAUUGACUUUGUGUUUACAUGAGGUUUGUUUUUUUUAGCUAACUGUCCUCCUUGUUAUGUUUCUCAUUCAAACUUUGACCAACGUUUGAAGUUGCAUCUUCUAAUUGAAGUAUGCACAUUUUGCAUAAGAGUGAGAUGAAGAAGUUGAUGUUGAUCUCAUGUCUGGGUGUUGUAGUCUGAAUGCAGUUAUCGACUUUAGGAUAAAGACUGGAAACAGGGGGACACUCAGCCAACCUUGGCCUUGGAGGCAAAAAAGCAUAAUGUCCUUACAUUUUCAUUCAGAUCCAUUGCUGCUCAUUAUGCCUGAUUUCAAAAGACCAACAUGGCAACCAUUAGAGGCCAAACUCAAGGUCUCAGACUGGUAAUUCAGAAGAAAAUGGGAAAUAGGGAAUAAUUUGGACACAGCCUAUAUCUUGGUUGUUUACCCAUUCCUUGACAAAACAAUGUAAAACCAGCCAUUUUUGGUCUUUUCUCAAAAUAUUGCUAGCUGGAAUGAACAGUCAGACAACCUAUGCUGUGGCUGGAUGCACUGCAACAAAGUGCUGUUAUUCAUCAAUAACUCCCCCUGUAGCUGCAAAUUUUCAUUUUUUCCACUUCUGCUAAUGUAGAAGUUAAACAAUCACAAUACACUGUGUAAAAAAGAACAUUUAAGAUGCGUUAGUUGGUCUGCUUUUGCCUCUUUUUUUGCUGUUGUUGGGUUCCCUUCCAGUUUCUAUGGUAAGCUUGGCUAACCACAAGCCGACUCCAUGUGUAAAACAAAUCUUACUCUCAAACAGAAGGAAAAUAAGCACAUUUCCUACAUUUCCUGUUGAGCUAUUUUCUAAAUGUCAUGAAUGCCUUUAUUCUAUUAAUGUAUUUUCGUUCCGUUAGUAUUGACAGUGUCAGUAGCUUGGCCAGGUUAAGAAAACAGACUCAUCUCAAGUGUUUUGGACUAAAGACAGGACAGUUUACUGUGUUGCCUCAUUGUGGAAACAAAUCUGCCUUCAGGUCAAUUCAUGGUUUCUAAGUGUCAUCCAGACUGAGUGUAAUCCUGAGCCAACAGGGACAGAUGAUGAAAUUUACAUGAUGCUGAACCUUGCAAACAUGUGGACACAAAAACCAUGAACUGCUCUUCAUCAGGUUUUUAACUUGUGCAGAGCUGUUGCUGAAUGUUACUGUUUGUUUGUCACAUCAAGACAUGUGUUUUCCAGGGAUCUAAUUCAGCUGUUUUACAGGUUACUUACUAUUACAUUCUACUUUCCACGUGGACCUUAGAGAUGGAUCGCUCACUGUAAGAGUGUGAUACUUCAACGAGUCCAAAGUGUUUUUUCACUGUUGUGGUUUCAUGUCGUUGUGAUGAACAGAAAGCUACUCAGUCGUAAGCACUACGUUCCCUUCGAUUUGUCACUCCAUCCAGACUUUUAUCUUAUCAACGAGCUAAACCAAUCGAUCCAGCCUUUUGUUUCCUCAUGAUUCAUCUGUGGUAUUUUGUUUUUUUCAUCUAUGACUUGAAAUUGUGGUGUUUUUUUGACACAAAUUGAUAUUUUAACAACAGAAAUAAUGAUAGCCAACUGUCAUAAGUAACAUGCAUAGGUGUGAGUGGUGAUUCCUUGCACCUUUAACUCAACAUCUCAUAUACCCAGGUAUUGCAAUAAUGUGAAUUUUCUGUAUAAACUAAGUUUAUGAGGAUUUUUAUAAAUUAAUUGCAGUAAAGCCUAGAAUACAGAACAUGCUCUUUUUUUUAUAUAAAUGUAAUCAUUUGCCCUUAAAAUAAGAAUGUAUUUUAUAGGUGCUUCAGUCACACUGAGCACAAAAAAAUUACAAGUUGAAGUUGUGAUGUUUUUAUGUGUUAACUGUUUAUACUAAUUGGACCUAUGGGAUUUCAUAGAAAUUUUAAGCUUAAAAAGAUAUUUUUAAUAUUUGAAGCUCAGACCUUCACCUUUAUUACUGUGAGUAUUCUACUAAAUACAAGAUUCAUGCACAUUGCCUGGUCAAUGACAUAAAGGGCUCAACAUUUUGUCAAUAAAUUGUGUGUAGAAACACACCAGGCUCUAA